AUGCUUGAGCAAAUCGAAGUCCAGCCACCCGCAAGGGAGCGCGUUGCUGCUGCUGCCCUUGAGUCAGCAGCAGCAGUUGCUGCUGCUGCAGAGGCUAGCGAGCUGCAUGUGCAGCAGCAAGUUGCAGCAGCAGCAGCUGCUGCUGCUGCAGUUGCUGCAGGGGUAGUGGAGUCUCCUGCUGCCGCAGCACACAGUGCCCUGCCUCAACCGAAGCCGCAGCAGGAAGCAGCAGCAAGUGACGCACCCGCUGCUGCUGUUUCAGGCCAGGAGCAGCAGCAGCAGCAGCAAGGGGAAGCACCACAGGAGCAGGAUCUUGCUUCAGCAGCAGCUGCGCCUCUCGACGCAGCAGCAGCAGCAGCAACAAGGACAACCGCUGUUUCGCCGACGGCUGCUUUGGCAGAGGCAGAAGCAGCAGCAGCAGCAGCAGAAGCUGCAGCAGCAGGGUCCACAGUAGCGUCAACAGAUGCAGCAGCUGCUGCAGCGGAUGCAGAAGCAGCAGCUGCAGCAGGUGCAGCAGCAGCUGAUGCAGCACCAGUAGCAGCACCUGCUGCUGCGGUGGGCGACGCUGCCUCAGCCCCAGCGAUUUUGCCUGACAACGCAGCAGCAGCAGCAGCAGCAGCAGCAGCUACAGCAGCAGCAGCAGGAGCCCCUCGGGGCGGCGAGGCUUGCGGGUUGGGCGCAGACUAUGCUGCAACUGUUGCUGCAUUUCCCCCUCAGCUGCAGCAGCAGCUGCAGCAGCAGCUUCAGCAGCAGCUGCAGCUGCAGCUGCAGCAGCAGCUGCAGCAGCAGCACCUGCUGCUGCCCGAUUGUUUAGGAUAUGGAACAGACAGCUCUUUUGUCUCUUCUGCUGCUCUUGAAAGUCUGGGCUUAGCAGCAGCAACUCCGGGGGCCCCUGGGGGCCCCCCAGUGUUCACGGGGGCCCCCUUUGAGGGGCCCCCCUCCUUGGGGGCCCCCGGGGCUGGGGGGGCCCCUGAGGGGCAGCAGCAAGCAGCAGCAGCAGACAAGUUGGCUUCUCUUGCUGCCCUAGCAGCAAUUCCUUUGCCUCCGCAGCUCUCAGGUGCUUCUCACCCCGCGCUGCUGUCUGCUGCUGCGCUGCCGCUGCUGCCGCAGCAGCAGCAGCAGCAGCAGCAGAAGGAGGGGUCCAACACGCCGCAGCCGGCAGCAGCAGCGCAGACCAAUGGUGUUCUGGGUACAGCUGCGGCCCAGCAGCAGCAGCAGCAGCAGCAGCAGCAGCAAGACACCACCGGCAGCGCAGAGGACGCUGCUGCUGCAACAGUGGCAGCUGCUGCAGCUGCUGCUGCACCGGCUCUUCCUGUUGGGGGGCAGGAGCAGCAGCUGCUGCUGCAGCAACAGCUGCUGCAGCAACAGCUUCUGCAGCUGGCCGAGCAGCAGCAGCAAGCUGCUGCACUGAGAGUCAAAGGCGACAUCACCCAGACAGAGCCGCAGUCAGCAGCAGCAGCAGCAGCCACAGCAGAUGCGGCACAGCAGCAGCAACAGCAGCAGCAGAACGACAGUCUGUGGACUAAGGAAGAGCAGCAGCAGCGGCAGGAGCAGCAGGGGGAUGCGGGAGAUGAUUCCCUGGCAGCAGCAGUGGCAGAGAAGCAGUUGCAGCAGCUACAGCAGCUGCAGCAGCUGCAGCAGCAGCAGCUGCAGCAGCAGCAACUGCAGCAGCUGCAGCAGCUGGAGCAGCAGCUGCAGAGGCAGGAUGACCGGAGCAGCAGCAAGCAGCAGCAGGACGAGUUUUCUUUUUUGAAGUCUACCCCAUGGCCCUGCAGCUACCAAGCCUAG